UUUCGCCUGUUUCAGAAUGGGAAUAUAAAGGCGAUCAACUCAUACAAUUGUGAUUAGGUGAUAUCUGGAUCUUUCAGAAGCUCCUUCAAUUGUGAUUUGCAUUUCAGCGAAAAAUGAAGUGGUUAAUUUUAGCUUUCUGCCUCGCUUGUGCAGUACAAGUGGCUGUUAGCAAGAAAUGCAACUCUGCAGAGGAUUGCGGGGAAGGUGAAUGCUGCGUUAGUUAUGUAUUCGUGUCCUCUUGCCAAAAAUUAAGAAAUGAGGGAGAGUCCUGCACACCUUUGGUAAAGGAAAGUGAUCAGAAUCCGGACAAGUACCACUUCCAGUGCCCUUGCAAAGAAGAUCUUAAAUGUGUUGCUACAUAUAAGCUCAAAAUUGGAGAACACACAAUAAGGCUCAGACCCAAAUGUCUGAAACCAGAUGAAGAAGAUUUGGACACAACUCUCGAACCAUUUGGGACACCUGAGGCUGAGUAAAGCUACAAACUUACAACAGUCAAAUUUUGUUUCCGAAUAAAGUAGCUAGCUUUGUUA